CUUUACCCCAGAAUGCAUUGCAUCACAAACUGCACGCGCGAACAAUGCCCCAAGUUACCAGGUCUUUUUGGAAACUGCACAUUUUAACCCUCUCUGCUGCUUAAAACAGUUUUUUAAGGAUCCCAUCUCAAAACACAUCUUCAUUGGUUUUGUGCAGGUGGAGCUAGAGGCCAGUAAUGACCACAAGCCACAACUCUUCUGUCCUUAAAGAUGUUGUUGCCUAUGUUGAUGUGUGGUCGUCAGACAAAACAGCAAAUUAUUCAAAACCAUUCGUUCAGCAGCUGCAAGAAAUGGGAGCUCAGGUUUCAAAAACAUUCAAUAAACAAGUCACACAUGUGGUCUUCAACAAUGGUCAUCCGGCCACUUGGAGUAAAGCUAAGAAAACCGAUGUGAGACUCGUCUCUGUUCUCUGGAUUGGCAGAUGUAACGACGACGGUGUGCGUGUGGAUGAGGGGUUGUAUCCAGCCUUAAAUGACGAGAGCAAUCCUGUGUUGAAGAACAAGAAACAUCGCUGCAUGCAGCCUAAAGAUUCUCCAGAGAGGACACCUGAAAAUGACAAACGCAUGAAGAAAAAAUUGGACAAGAUGAUGAAGGACCUUGCACCGAAACAACCUCUGGUGACCGAUGUGUCGCCCAUCAUCAUCGAUGAAGAGAAUGGAAUAGUCUACAGCCCUGCAUUGAAAAGAUCAAAUUAUAUGGCACAGCGCUUGAAAGACAUGAAAGAGAAGCGGGAAAACCUCUCACCCACAGCUUCCCAAAUGGUUGAAUCCUGCUCACCUACCAGACUGAAGCCUUCUCUAGGGAGCACACCAACUGUACUCAAAUUAAUGUUUGACCAUUCGGAUGAUGAUUCCAGUGCCUCUGCUGCGGAACCUGGCUGCUCACCUGAUAAAGAGGAAGGGAGGACCAAAGUUGAUGUAGAUGAUCAUGGAAGUUUUGAAAAACGCCACAGGAAAGAUUCUGCAACGCCCUGGCUGUCACCCUGCCGUGAAGUCCCAAAAAUGAUAUCAAGCCCUUUGAGAUGUCAUAACUUGGAGGACAAAGAGGAUGAAGAGGGAACGAGACAAAUAAAGACAAGAAGCCUCUCAGUCAGAAAAGAGAGAGGGAAAAAGAAAUCUGUGCGUUUAUUGGAAAUUCCGUGCCAGGAUACAAAGUCUGACAACAGCACGAACGUUUGUAAAGAGAAAAGGCGAUCGCAGAUAAAAUCAACUAGCCCAAAACCUGAGAAGGGAAAGCAAAAAAGUAAAGCUGACAAAAAGUUUACAGAGACUAAGUCCAGUAUUUGUCCCAAUAAUGUGAAUUUUUCGAGUUGUCUCUUGUCACCAGCUACGUCAGGUGGUACUGGAGUUGAACUGUCCAAAGCAGCUGCUUCUGUCUUACAGAAAACACCCAAACGAGCCAGACUAUCACUUUCUUCCUUGGGGCGAUCUGUCACUGUCUCUGCUCAACCUCACAGUGUUGCAUCAGUUUCGACAGAUGGAGAUGAUAAUGUGUUUGAGGACUAUUUUUCCACAGCGAACCACCAGCAUAGAUCUAAAAAGCCUCUCAUGACGAAUCUGCCUGUGGAGACGGACAUUCAGAUUCCCUUUGAGUUGAACUCUGUCCCAAAGAAGAGAAAACAAAGAAGAAGUGAAAUUAUCGAGUCUGAGACCAUCAGUAAAAAGAAGAGGAAGGUGGAAGAAAGUCAGAGUGGCAAAAAUCCCAAUCAGUGGUCUGAUGCAAGCAGACGCUCACAGCUAGAUGUUAAAGAAUCUCUGCCUGCACUGGAAAGUUCAAGUGCCAGUGCAACAUUCAUGGCUAAAAGGUCAAGACGCAGCACCUUACCUCUCUCAAGCGCUGGUACAACUACAAAUGAUGCAGUAAAACAAAGACGAGCAUCUGUGCUAUCAGCAGUGUUAACAGAGGAUAAAGCAGUAUCACAGCUGGAGAAAGGUUCUGGUGUCAGGGUCCAAUCUCAAACCUUGGAAUGCAGAGGAAAUGAAUGUACAGUUGCAGCUGGUUCAACAGAGAUCCUCUCUGAAGGUGAUAUCAUUCACAAUCAGAAGAUCAGCGCGAAUCUUCAGAAACUGGACAAAACAACAAAGGGAAUGAGGACAUUGGUGAUGACAAGCUUGCCCUCUGAGAAGCAGACCACAUUAAUUCAGGUGGUGAAAACACUGGGUGGCUUCAUAAUCGUUGACCGUGUGUGUGAGAGCACGACUCAUGUUGUGUCUGGGGGUCACCGGCGGACUCUCAAUAUUCUGUUGGGCAUAGCCCGUGGCUGCUGGAUCCUCUCCUUUGAAUGGAUGCUCUGGUGUUUAGAGCAAAGACAUUGGAUUCCAGAGGAGCCUUAUGAACUAUCGGACCAGUUUCCAGCAGCACAGAUCUGUCGUCUCCAAAGGCACCUGUCUGCCGGGGAGCACCAGCAGGACCUGUUCCAAGAUCAGCCGACCAUGUUCGUGUCCCAGUACUCCCAGCCGCCCACUCAGUGUCUGAUGGAGCUGAUCCAGCUCUGUGGAGGAACAGUGUGUAAAACUAUGCGGCAGGCGGGUAUCUGCAUAGGGAGGUACAGCGGCAGGAGACCAAAGGGAAGCAGGAUCCUAUCGGAGCAGUGGGUGCUGGACAGUAUCACAUGUCUGAAGCAGCUGUCAUAUGAUAACUACGAUUUGGAGUGAAAGCUGUAUAAUAUUUGUUAUGGCUGUGAUGUUUAGUUUAUUGAAUUUAAUUCUGAACAGUGCCUCACAUCACACACACCCUCAAGUUCAACCUUCAAGUUUCUCUUCUGCAACUUUAUUGUAUUGUUUAGUCUUUGAGGCUUUUUCCCAAAUUCUCUCACCUAUUCUAUUUUCAAAGAAUUUGAGUCUAUGUUGCCAUGGUUACCUAUUACUUGUAAGGACUAUCAACCAUUCAACAUGAUACUGUGAAUCUAGAUUAACAUUCUGCAGGUCGAUCUUCUAUGGUAUGAAUUUUUUCCUUAUAUAGUAACAACGACUGCUUAAAUGUUUCUUUGCAACAACUGCAACAUAAGAUUGAUACUUUCUGAGCCAGUUCAAUACUCUAAUGGAGAUAAAGGAUACUGUAUCUUUAAUGAAAUCUUUAUAUACGUGUUUUAUGUUGUUCGUGUUAAUAAAUGUUUUUUUUUAA